AUGCGUCACGCGCUGCGCGCGCGGAGGUGCAUCGCAAGCCGCGAGCUGCCCCAGCUCUGGGAAAGAGCAAGGUGCCGGAGCUCCCUCGCAGGGUCUCUGCAGUCGGUCCCGGCCUCCCUCCGAGUGCCUCGCUGGUCAAGGCCGUUCUCCACAGAGACCCACGAGUUCAAGGCGGAGACAAAGAAACUACUGGACAUUGUAGCCAAAUCCCUGUACACCGACAAGGAGGUUUUCAUAAGAGAGUUGAUCUCUAACGCAUCAGAUGCGUGUGAAAAGCUCCGAUUUCUGCAGGGGACGCAGCAGAUCAAGGAUGUCAACGAUGCCGACGCGCCGCUUCAGGUAACCCUCAGUGUGAGCGAGAGUGACAGGAAGUUCGUCAUCGAGGAUUCCGGCAUUGGCAUGACCCACGACGAGCUUAUCGAGCAUUUGGGCACCAUAGCGAAGAGCGGCUCCCUGGAUUUCCUUCAGCGUGGAGAAUCCGAUGCUAGCAAGAUAAUUGGUCAGUUCGGCGUUGGCUUCUACUCGACUUUUGUGGUUGCAGACAAAGUGGAGGUCUACACGAAGACGGCUGAUAAGGAGAAGGGUGAGCAGGGCUACCUGUGGACUUCGGAUGGUUCUGGUAGCUUCACCGUCUCCGAGGUCGACGAUGUGCCUCGGGGCACUCGGAUAGAGCUGACUCUGAAAGAUGAUGCUACCGAGUUUGCAAAGCUGGCAACAGUCAAGAAAUCUGCUCAAAAGUUUUCUUCUUUCAUCGAUUUCCCAAUCAACAUCAAGGAGGAUGGAGAUCCAAAGCCGAUCAACAAGCAAGAGGCCCUGUGGAUGAAGAGCUCCGCUACGGAGGAGCAGCACCUGGAGUUCUUCCGUUUUCUCAGCGGCAACUCAUACGGCAAACCCUACUACACCUUGAUGUACCAGACGGAUGCUCCUCUGUCUAUCAAAAGUUGUUUCUAUGUCCCGGAUCCAGACAAUGCUCCCAGCCGCGUAUUCACAAAAGAUCCCGAGAUAGGCAUUUCGCUACACUCGCGGCGAGUUAUGGUCAAGAAGCAUGCGGAUGGUGUCAUCCCAAAGUGGCUUCACUGGAUGAAGGGCAUUGUGGACUGUGAGGACAUGCCCAUGAACAUCAGCCGCGAGAACAUGCAAGAUACGCGCCUCAUGGAAAAGCUCAGCAUGGCCGUUGUGCGACGCAUUCUGCGAUUCCUGCAGCAAGAGGCCAAAAAAGAUGCUGAGAAGUACAACAAGUUCUUCAAGGGCUACGCCUACUUCCUCAAGGCCGGCAUCAUUGAGGACAAGGAAGGCAACUUCAGUCGCCACAAGGAUGACCUCUUGAAGCUCUUGCGCUUCGAGUGCUCCAACAAGCCCAAGGGCGAGUUGGUGUCUUUGGAGGAGUACAUGAGCAUGGCGAAGGAGGGGCAGCAGAACAUUUAUUAUUUCUGCUGUCCUGACAGACAGACAGCCUUGUCGUCGCCGUACAUGGAGCAGUUCGUCCAGAGACAGCGAAAUGUUUUGCUGAUGUACGAAGACAUCGAUGAGUUCGUCGUCAAUGCCAUUGAGGGCUUCAAGGACAGCAAAUUUGUGUCUGUCGAUUCGGCAGACAAGAAUUUCGAGCUUGAUCUGGACAAGCCCGAGGAGGAUGAUAAGGAGGACAGGAGGGAGCUCACUCAGCAAGAGAAGGACGACCUGCAGAAAUUUAUCAGGGACGUGCUGAAGGAAAAGGUGCAGGAGGUAAAGUUCUCCGAUCGACUCGUUAGCUCCCCGGCGCUAGUGACUAGCAUCAUCACACCGCAUAUGCGCAAGAUGAUGAAGAGCCUCAUGGCCGGCAAGGAAAACGAUGGCCUGGGGAACAUCCCCAUGACCCUUGAGCUCAGCCCAAAGCACCACAUUGUGACCACGCUGGCAACCAUCCUAGCGUCCAACGAGCCCGUCGCCAGGAUAGCAGUAGAGCAGCUUUAUGACAACGCAUGCAUUGCGGCUGGGACCCUCGACGACCCUCGCGUGCUGAUGUCCAGGUUGAACAAGGUUCUGGAGAUGUUCAUCUACCAGGGCGCUGGAUUUGAUUACGCCAAGGGCGAGUACAGACAACAGCCUCCAACUCCACCACCGCAGUCACCAGAGCCGGAGCCAGAGGCUGUGAAGCCUCAAGCAGGGGAAGCCCGGCCCGAGAGCAACAAGGAUGCCAGCUCCAGCGCAUCCAAAUUUGAGGAGAUCAAGCCAGGCUCGUAG